CUGCAUCCACGCCGCGUACAGUGCAUAUUCUGCUCCGGCUGCUCUGUGGAAGCCCUGCGACCGGUCGUGACCAGAUCCAUCUUGCAGCUCAGCUUUGUUCAUUCGAAGUGGGUGAGCGGCGGCGGCCAGCGCGGAGCAAACAUGCAGUGGCUCCGGGAUAUUUUGCUGUGUAUGCUGCUAGCGGCGGUGGUCCCCACUGCCCCCACUCCUGCCCCGACGGCCACUUGGACUCCGGCAGAGCCGGGCCCGGCUCUUAACUACCCUCAGGAGGAAGCUACGCUCAAUGAGAUGUUCCGAGAGGUAGAGGAGCUGAUGGAAGACACUCAGCACAAACUGCGCAGCGCGGUGGAGGAGAUGGAGGCGGAAGAAGCGGCUGCUAGAACGUCCUCUGAGGUGACCCUGUCAAGUUUACCUGCCAACUACCACAACGAGACCAACACGGAGACCAGGAUGGAAAAUAACACAGCCCAUGUGCACCGGGAGGUUCACAAGAUAACCAACAACCAGAGUGGACAGACGGUCUUUUCUGAGACAGUCAUUACAUCUGUAGAGGAUGGAGAAGGCAAGAAGAGCCAUGAAUGUAUCAUUGAUGAGGACUGCGGACCCACCAGGUACUGCCAGUUCUCCAGCUUCAAGUAUACCUGCCAGCCGUGCCGGGACCAGCAGAUGCUAUGCACCCGAGACAGUGAGUGCUGUGGAGACCAGCUUUGUGCCUGGGGUCACUGCACCCAAAAGGCCACCAAAGGUAGCAAUGGGACCAUCUGUGACAACCAGAGGGAUUGCCAGCCUGGCCUGUGCUGCGCCUUCCAAAGAGGCCUGCUGUUCCCUGUGUGCACACCCCUGCCCGUGGAGGGGGAGCUCUGUCAUGACCCCACCAGCCAGAUGCUGGACCUCAUCACCUGGGAACUGGAGCCUGAAGGCGCUUUGGACCGAUGCCCCUGUGCCAGUGGCCUCCUCUGCCAGCCACACAGCCACAGUCUGGUAUACAUGUGCAAGCCAGCCUUCGUUGGCAGCCAUGACCACAAUGAGGAGAGCCAGCUGCCCAGGGAGGCCCUGGAUGACUACGAAGAUGUUGGCUUCAUAGGGGAGGUGCGUCAGGAGCUGGAAGACCUGGAGCGGAGCCUGGCCCAGGAGAUGGCAUUUGAGGAGGCCACCCCUGUGGAUUCACUAGGUGGAGAGAAGAUUUAGACCUAGACCCAGCUGAGUUGCUGGUAGAUGUGCAAUAGGAAUGGCUAAUUUAUUUUCCCAGGAGUGUCCCCAGGUGUGGAAUGGCCACAGCUCCUUCCCAGUAGCUUUUCCUCUGGCUUGACAAGGUACAGUGCAGUGCAUUUCUUCCAGCUGCCCCACUUCUCUGGCUUAGGAAAGAAAGACAGGCGUGGCAGGUAAGGGGAGCGGUGAGCUGCCCCACAUUGUUGCUAGACAUGCUGCCUUGUUUGUUCUUCAUGGAUUGAAGAUUUGUUUGAAGGGAGAGGAUGGGAAAGGGGGUAAGUCUGCCCAUGAUAGGUUUGGGGGAUACAGGGAGGACAGUGCCUGCCUUGCAAACGUGGACCUGGCAAAAUGUAGCCGUUGUUUUUGUCUUGUGCCCCUCCCAUGGGCUGAGGAAGUGACUACACAGGAGCUAUGCUGCUCUUGUGGCCUUCCACACAUUCAUCCCCCAGUCCCCUAGUGUUUUAGCUCCUACCUCACUGUCAACACAGCCUUUCAUAGCCAUGUUCCUUCCUGAUCACCACAGCCUAGAAGGGGAUAGGAGUGGGUUUCUCUCCAAGCCCCAUGUUCUCUCACUCAACCCCACACCAGCCUUGGUACCACCAACAGUACUUUCAAAAGGAGGGGAGUAAAACCCUUUUGUUUUUAUUUUUUUUUACUCCUCCAAGGCAUGCCUGGAACCAAGGUCAGGGUAGUUUGCAUGUCCCCCUGUUAGUAGCAGUGUGGUGGGCAUUGUCCUCCACCAUAUGCGUCAAUACCUCCGAAAGUCAGUGUACAUUAAUUUGCAAGAAAUAUGCUUGGGUAAUUGUAGGGCCAGGAUUGUGAAUGAAACUUGCAAAGUUGCUUAGCAAUAAUGGAAGGUCUUUCUCAAUCACACAGAGAAAUCAAAACCAAGCCAGGCUGUGUAAAAUACAGCUGUGACAUCCAGACAGAAGGCUGGGCUGGCUGUCAGGUCUCAGAUGACAGUUUCAGGUGCCAGGAACUAUUUCCAUUCUGUAUUUAUCCAGAGUUAUUAAAAUUUAAAGUUGCACACAGUUGUAUAAGCAUGCUUUUUCCCCUGAGGUUUAAAUUAUGUGUACACAAAUGUGUUGCUCUCAAAGAUUAUUCAGAAAUCACUUUGGCUACUCUUUGGUAAUUCUUGGACUUUUUGAUUUUCAAUAAAUAUAAACCCUCUUCAUGUAAAAUAAAAUAAAAUAAUCUGUAGUAUAAAGGGACCAAAAAUUAAAAUUCCAUAGAAGCAGAUUUUCCAGGCAUCUGCAGCUCACCUCAUUUAGAGUCUGAAUAUGUUGGAACUCCUAUCCUUGUCUGGAUGGGAAUUAGUUUUAAGAGAGAAAAUACUUUACCGUCUCCCAAAAGAACAAAUGGAAUAUAUGAGUCUUCUCUUGGAGGCUCUCUGAGCAAAUGCAGUCCUGGGGCUGUGCUAGCAUCGUUACUGUAGCAAAACAGCUGAGGUGAUUAACUUAUGCAUUUUUUAAAAAGGGUUAAUUGGGUUCAGCAUUUCAUGUUUCUGUCAUGAUCCUAUUGCGUUGAAACUAUAGAGAGGCAGCACAACACGGCAGGGGCAUGUGGUAGAGUCAAGCUGCUCCCUUUCUGGCUAAGAGAGAGGGCAAUGUGCAGUCUUGUCCAGGGGUCUGGGCACUCUCACAAGGACCCACCCCGUAAAGACCACUCUACAGCCUUGGGUUUAGUUACUCUUCUGGGUGCUACAAUCAAACACCCAACAAGAAGCAACCUGAGGGAGGAGGGUUUAUUUGGGCUCCUGGUUCAAGCAGGGAGUCCUUGAUGGCAGGGAGGGUAUGGCGUUAGAGUGUGGGGCUCCAUCCCGCAGUAUAGGGGAUCGGGAAGCAAAGGAAGCAAUGUAGGACUCAGCUUUCUCCCUCUUUCCCUUUUCAUUUAUUCUGGGACCCCAACCCUUGGGGAGGUGCCACCCACAAUAAGGGUGAGUUUUCUUUCCUCAGAACCCUCUGGAAACUUCUGGCCUAAUAGAUAUGUGCAGAGGUGUGCCCCUAAGUGAGUCAACUCCAUCCGGUUCCAAGACAUAUAAGCGUGACGCACUAACUCUGCCACAUAGCACCGAGUCCCUCUUAAAAGCCUUUACUUCUCAUCCGAAGAUAUCACAGAAAAGAGAUGUAAACAUUUAGAAAGACAAUAAAUGUACUUGAUGAAGUCACCUGUGUCUGUGGUAUGGGUCCAUUUGUCACUAAAACCUGUGCUGGUUAGGAUUUGCUGUAUUCUGUCUGCUAUGCUGAAAUCCUUGGGUUUUACAGAUAAAUGUUAAGAUUCAGAAUAACUGAAUAACAUUUAAAAAAAUAGUCUCAGGUUGAUAAAGAUUGUUGUAGCCUCUCAAUAUUGGCAUGGGGACAAGUAGGUUUUGCAGGGGGAUAUUUUAUCCAGCUUGCAACAGAAUUGUGACACAUUAAGCUCUUUAAAGAGUAGAUUAAUGAGGUCACUGUGUAUUUAGGUCAGCAGGGCAGCAGGGUCUUGAUUCAUUAUGUCUCUGAAUUCUACAAGAUACUAACAGAUGAGGAAAUGUGGCUUCAAAAGGGUGGAUUGAGGUCACAGUCAGAUGACAUGGCAUCUAGGGUACAUCUAGGGGGCGUCCUGUAUUCAGUGUCAAAACUUACCAGGGUCACUCAUCUCCUGAAUCACCUGACAGCUAGGUGCCGAGGGCUUCCUCAGAGCCAGGGGUCGUGAUGUGCCCUGAAGGUUCCCAGAUGAGAGUUCCAGUUUUGAAAUCAUCACAGUAGAAAGCAGGACACAGCUACACCAAGCAGUGACUGACACAGUCAAGCCAGCAUGGAGUGUGGAGGAGCCCCAGCAGAGAGUACUUUGCUUGAAAGGCUGGCCAGGAAAUGGCCUGAAAGAUGACAUACUUACCAGGAAGUCAGAAGGGGGACUCGAAGGGGAAAUAGAUAGGAUUCUCAAAGGAUAGGGUGACUGGAAGCUUGAGGAAAUGCUUAGAUGAGGCUGGAAAUAGUUUUGAAAACGAAAGCAAAACUGAAGCAACUCCUCCCCCCCUCCCAAAAAAAAAAACAAAUAAUGAACAACCCUGUCCGGUGACUGUCAUGUAUCAGGCCCUGUCUCAAGAGUCAGAGUGAGUCGUGAAUGAGGGAAAACCAGAGUCUCCUUCCUAGUGCUAACUCCCAAAUCCUAAGGACCCAGGAGAGGCCUGAAUGCUCAGCUGAGAUGCCUCGCCAUUGUUAAGGAACCAUGGGAAGAGUUGGAGAGACUGUGGCUCUCAACUCCAUGCCUGCUCCUUCCUUGGAUCCCGUUCCUGCCAGGGAAGUGGUAGCAGCAGCUGAAGGUUUGGCUCCUCAGUGAUCCCAGCAAAGGACCAGACUGCCAAGAAGGGAUCUUCCCCUUUCCCUGACAAGGAAAAUGGAAGAGUUCCCACUUUUCCAUCUUCCAGGACAGGCACUUAAGAUGUGGCAUUUGGCUUCACCCGCCCCUGGGGGAGCUGGGAGCUACCAGGCUGCCAUCCUCCGGGGCCUUCUGAAAACACUCACUUCUUAGCUUCUGUUAGUCUUUAAGCUGGCAGGCAUUCCUGGACUCACAGUCCACGCAUGACUUUUCUUAUUUUUAUGGCUGUUAGUACCUGGCAAGAGUGACUUAGGGAAGGUUUAGAAUUUGGAGGAAUUGCCCACGAUGUUUGCAGGCAUUUUUGCAGGAGUGGAGGUGACUGCCCACAGGACUUUCCUAUGGGGAAGCAGAGUCAAUGGGAAGUGGUGUAGAUUGCAAGGCCCCUCCAGUGACCCACCUGUGCCAGCAAGGCUCUACAACUUCCCAAGGCAGUGCUGCAAGCUG